GUGUGGUGCCGGUGGGGGGCGCUGUGGGGGGUGAGAGCCGCUGGAGCAAUGGCGGCCGCGGCGGCGGAGGCGGAGGCAGAGCUGGAGUUGCCGCCCGCGGUCGUGGCCGAGAGCAGCGGCGUCAGGAACAGUAACAUCAUCAUCAUCGGCGGUCGCGGCGGAGAGGCCCCGAGUCUGUCCGACAUGUUUGAGGGCGGGUGGCGGGCGCUGGAGGAGGCGGAGACCAGCGACCAACCGUCCAACUCCAACGGCUUCCAGUACACAGUGCGGCGCGGAGUGGGCCUUCUGGAGGAGGCCACGCGCCUGGUCAGCCAACUGGGGCUGUUCAGUCGUAACGAAGAGCUGGAAGAGAUAGCGACAGCAGACGUUAAGUACCUGUUACUCCCAGCCUUGCUCGGAGCUCUCACCAUGAAACUGAGUAAUUCCGCAAAGCGCUUGGAACACGUACAGAAGGCCCGGAUUUAUUUUACAGACUUCUUGAAACGUUGCAAAGACUAUAAUGUCAUGGUCUUCGAACUCCCCAAAACGGAGGAGAACAGCGACGACAGUAGCAAGGCGCUCGCUCGACCCACUGCUCCAGCAGCCAUCAGUCAGCCCAGCCUCCUAUCGAUGGCAGCGAGCAGACAGAGUAAAAUCGAAAGGUAUAAUCAGAAGAAAGAAACUGAAGCCAAAUUGAAGGAGAUUAAUUCGCUCGUCUCCUCCGGAAAAGCAGACGACGAGCUGACGAGAACGUUUUAUGGACUGAACUUGAAGCGGUGGAUAAGCAUAAGCAUCGAAGAGAUCGAGAGCAUAGACCAGGAGAUUCAAAUCUUGAAAAGAAUGAUUGGAGUAAAACGGCCCCAGCCUCCAAGGCCACAGCGAGCUCCGAUGCCACCCUUCAUCCUAACCCGAAAUGCAGCUCAAGCCAAAGUGUUUGGCGCUGGGUACCCCAGUCUCGCUACAAUGACUGUUGAUGAUUGGUACGAGGAGCACAAGAAGCACAGCAUGCUGCCUGAUCAGGGAAUACCCCGAGGCCGGCCAGGUGAGCAGCAGGAUGACAAUCAGGAAACCGCAAGCAGCAGCGAAGCGGACGCAGACGACGAACAAGCCCUGCGGAACGCCCGGGAGAAGGACGAGUGGAAGGACACACACCGGCGGGGCUACGGCAACAGGCACAACAUGGGCUAACUCCCUGUGCAAGCCGCAGCCCGAGUCACAGCUCGGCCGAGAGCCUCUGAAGGUGCACCGUGACCCGCAACCUAAACCAAUAUGGUUUGUUAUUUGCACCGCUCCUAUUUCUAUCCCCUCUCCCCCCCCAUUGUGAGGACAUUCCUUGUUUCUCAGUCUCAGAAACUCAAUCCCGUUGUUGGUGGUGCCUUCUAUUAUUUAAAACAAAAUGGUUUAGUGACUGCUGUGAAGCUACGGUGGAAGCCAAGUCAUGUUGCUCUGUGCUCUUUGAAACUUCCAGCAAUGUAGUAAACUGUAAUAAGAAGAGGAUUUGCCAGUGGGAUUGGGAACAUCAUACACAAAUGAUGGUCUCAGGAGAGUGCUUAAGAAUUGCAUAGUUGUAAUAUUAAAGUCAAAUUUAGUGAGGAGCAAUUAAUAGGGUCAGAACACCCAUGUUUUGUUCUGAACCAGAAAUUCCGAUCUGUUUGCCAAUUUUCAAUAGUAUUGUUAGUUUAAAAAAAACUGGUGAAUUCUUAGGAAAUGGCUUUUUUAUUUGCGUUGGAAAUUAUUUACUCCUGGAAUCGGCAUCAGCCGAAUUCAACCCGAGCGCAUUUGAAACUAGUUCCAGUGGUGAAGACAUCCAUCGCACUUCCUCACAGCAGCUGGACGGAACUCGCUAAGAGAAUUGAUUAUUUUUUCCGUGUUGUAAAUUAUAAGUUGCAUAAUUAAAAAAAAACUUGACACCUUG